CAGGAAGUUAGCACUAUAAAUAGGAAGUUAAGACACAAUGCACCGAACCAGGCAAUUUAAGCAACUUUAUAUUGAUCAAACUAAGCUGAAAUAAAGACAGGUAACCGGAGAUCAGAACAAGAUGGGUGAACAAGUGCAACCAAAAGGAAAGGUGAUAAGCAUUCUGGCCAUAGAUGGGGGCGGCGUCAGGGGAAUUAUUCCAGGCACUGUUCUUGCUUUUCUUGAAGCUCAACUCCAGAAGAUUGAAGGCAACCCAAAUGCAAGGAUAGCAGACUACUUUGAUGUGAUAGCAGGAACUAGCACUGGGGGGCUUGUGACUGCAAUGCUGACUACUCCUGGAGAUAAUGGCCUCCCUCUGUUUGCUGCUGCUGAUAUUCCCAGAUUUUAUUUGAACGAGUCCCCCAAUAUCUUCAAGAAAACAUCAUCGGAAACAAGAACUGCAGCAGCCAGCAGUUCUUUACUCACCACAAACGUUGCGGAAUUUGGUGCUGUUGUGAAACCCCCCAACUUUGAGUUGCCUCAGUUUUCGGAAAAAGAUAUCCCUGAUUUUUACAAGCAUCCCCAACUCCCAACAGGGCCGCUUCAAGCUUCCAUUGCCAAUGCCAAUAUAAGUAAUUUGACGUCAUUUGCGCUUCCUAAUAUUUGGGAUUGGUUCAAGAAACUAGGCUCUAACGUGUGGUAUGUCAUCGAGUUCAUUCAAAGGAUGGGUUUCCGCCCUAUGUACGAUGGUGUUUACUUGCAUGCCAUGAUCAAAGACAUGGUUAGAGAUAUCAAGCUUAACCAAACACUCACUAAUGUCGUUAUCCCGACUUAUGACGUUCACCACUUGAAACCUGUCAUCUUCUCCUCUUUCCAGGCAAAGAAGGAGGCGUCAAAGAACCCAAAACUCGCACAUGUUUGUAUUGCCACAUCCGCAGCUAGGCCUGUCAAUGGGUCGGGUCUAGACCCGGACCCGACCCGGACCCGGUUGUUUUUAACGGGUAUGGGUCCUUAUUUUAUUCCGUUUACCCGGACCCGGACCCGGACCCGUUAGUACUUUUAAUAAACGGGUCGGGUAUGGUACUUAUGAUUCCGACCCGUUAAGGACCCGGACCCGAUUAAAAUUUCUUAUUAGUAUUUAUACACACACUAAUACAUAAAGAGAUUAGUUAUAAUACUUCAAAUAAAAAUACAAACUAAUAUAUAUAAAGUGAUUAGUUUUAAUUCUUUGAUUAAAAAGAAACAAAUUAAUACAUACCUAAUGUAUAAGUGAUAAUAUAAUAGUAUGUAGUAUAUAAUAUGCUUUUAGUCCAAAAGAACUUUUUGUGACCUAAUUUCUAGUCUAAUAUACGAGCUUUCUGUGGGAGAGAAAGAGACACAAAGUGCGGAAUUGUACGCAUCUACAAGAACCGAUAUUUUAUUCAAUAAAAGUACUAAUUUUCUAUGAUAAACCUUGAUUUUUUUUGAAAAGUGAAGAUAUAUUUUUCUUUUAAAUUUGUGCACUUUGAUUUACAUUUCAUAUACAUGUUUUACUAUUUUUAAAAAAUUAUAUAAUGUUCUGUCAAAAAAAAGUUAUAUAAUGUUGUGCAUAUGAUACUUGGCGGGUCUACCCGACCCGGUUCCGAGACCCGUUGGGUCCGGGUCCGGGUCCAAAUUUUUAGACCCGCCGGGGUAAACGGGUCGGGUCCGGGUCCUUUAUUUACUUAGCGGGUCCGGGUCUGGAACACUACGUUCCGACCCGGACCCGACCCAUUGACAGGUCUAUCCGCAGCACCAGUUUACUUCCCUCCUCAUAGCUUUGAGCUCCAAUCAUCUCAAGGGAUUGAGAAGUUCAACCUCGUCGAUGGCGGAGUUGCCGCUAACAAUCCUGUGCUGGUGGCUAUCUGGGAAGCAGCAAGAGCGUAUAAAGUUGCCCCGUUGCCAGAGAAUUUCAGGAUCCUUUCACUGGGGACAGGGUCAUGUACAGGCACUCAAAUGGCUGAAGUCGGCGACGCCACUAGUUGGGGCGUGGUUAGGUGGUUGUUGUUUCCGGAUAACACUCCUCGUAUCACCGAUGUUUUCAUGAGCGGCAAUGAUAAUAUGGUGGACGCUUACACCUCUCUGCUGUUUGGCGGCGGAACCGCUUCCGCCGGCCCCGAAAACUUCCUUAGAAUCCAAUACCAAGGGAUGAAGUACGAUGAAUGUCUGGUGGAUGACUCUAGCAAAGCCUAUCUACAAAAGUUGGAACAGUUUGCUAAUGAUCUGCUCAAGGAUCCUGUUUCUGGUCCGACCACUUCCAACCCUCUUGAGCUCACAAAUGAAGAGGCUCUCAUUUCGUUUGCUCGUAAUUUGGUGAGAGACAAGUUCCACCCAUAAAUGUGAUGAGUGUCUGAUGAUGUACGGACAGUGUGGUACAAAUAAAGGGCCUGGUGCAGUCUCGAUUCAAAUAAUAUGCUUGCUUUUGUGUGUCAUUUUCAGUCAUAAUUUGUAACGUCGUGUAAUGACAAAUAAAGCCAAUAUUUCGAUUUGAGGUACCUCUUUCGGGUAGGAUCGAUCAUAAAUUAAAAUAAAGCAGUCCAGCAUGUUGAGCUAGGAUGCUCAUCUACAACCUGCACGAUGUAUUGGAUAUAUAUGUAUAAUGUAUGUGUGUCUUCACUCUCACCUUUAAUAAAAUCUUAAUUUCAAAUACGAGAGUAUCAA